AUAAAUAUCCUCGUUUAUCCGUGCCGGUUCGACUAUCCGGACAACACGUCCAAACGCACUUUUCUCCCUUUCCCUUGUACCGUGGGUUAUUCGUUGCCAAGAUUUUACGCAGCUCCGUCGUGUCGCUGUCGUACACGCACCGGAGCAAUUGAUCGGGAAGAGAUAGUGCAAAGGCAAUCAUCGUGCAAAUACUACAAUACCUAGAAGAAAAACAGUAGUGGUGCUGCAGUGAAAGAUCAAUCAAUUUCUUUGUGUGUGUCUGCAGUGUCGCGCGAAGAGUGGGUUGUGUGUGUCUCUGCGCUUCCUAGCAGAAGCUGAAGUGCUUUGUGUGAGUGAGUGUGCGCGCGUGUGAGUGGGGGAGAGGGCACGGCUCUCUAAAAACACACAAUGGUGCCGGCGAAAGGAUUUCUGCUUACGCUGCUGGUAGUGCUGGUUGCUAGCAGCAGCUUCAGCAGCCACCAUCAGGUGAAGGGCGAAAAGUACGAGGACGAAGAUGAUUACUACGAUUCAAGAGAACGCGUCCUGGAAAACUCGUACCACGGCUUGAUAAAGGAAAAUGAAACGUUCGUCGAGAUAACGCCACUGAUCAAGGUGGACGAGACGAAAAUCUGCGGCUUUCACAUAAUCAAAAAGAACAAGGAAAUUCCCUUUCAGAUUGAGCUUGUGAACGAGCUUGGCAUUCUGAAAGCGAAAAAGACACUGAACUGCGAAAAGCGGAAAAACUACAAAUUUGACAUUACCGCCGUUUUCUGUGAUGGAUCACAUUCGAAGAGCGCGAGCGUACAUAUCUCCGUGAUUGACAUUAAUGAAUAUUCGCCCACAUUCCUGCAGCCCUCAUACGUCACAGAGGUUGACGAGGGCCGCCUCUAUCAGGAGAUAAUCCGCGUCGAAGCAACGGACAAGGACUGUACGCCCCUGUUCGGCGAUGUGUGCAAGUACGAGAUCCUCACCAACGACCAGCCGUUCACGAUCGACAACGAGGGCUCGAUACGCAACACGGAACCGCUCUCGCACAAGAUCUCGCACAAUCACAUCCUCUCGGUGGUGGCGUACGACUGUGCGAUGAAGCAGUCCGCCCCGGUCAUGGUGAACAUUCGCGUGCGGCGCGUCUGCGAGGCGCACGUGAUGGGUGUGGCCGAGCGCAUCGACUACGUCGCGAACUCCAUGGAGAGUGUGUCGCUGUUCCCGAAGAUUCACCUCGAGCUGUGCGAUAUGCAGUGCAAGGGCGAGGACAUGGUCAUCCAGUCGUCGGUGUCGCUCAAAACCAAGCACAUCUCGUUCGGUUGCGAUCGGGACGCGAGCCAGUGUUUGCGUCGGUUGAGCGAAAGCGGCAGUGGCCGGGAGCGGGACGGCGAUGGGCUGGUCGAUUUGCUGCAGAAGAACACGGACUGGACGAAGGAUCUGACGUACGACGAGGGGGCGGAAGCGAUCUUCCACUUUGACGGUAGCUCGGGCGCGAUCGUGCCGAAGAAUGUGGUACAGCCGCAGGACUUUGCCGCGCACCAGUUCAGCAUCGUGACGAUGUUCCGGCACAACAGCAUCGUGAGCACGGACAAGCACACGAAGGAGCACAUCGUGUGCAGCGCGGACGACCACAAGAUGAACCGCCACCAUAUGGCGCUGUUUGUGCGCAACUGCCGGCUGAUACUGCUGCUGCGCAAGGACUUUAACGACGGCGAUUUGAACAUCUUCAGCCCGGCCGAGUGGCGCUGGAAGAUACCGCAGGUGUGCGACAACGAGUGGCACCACUACACGAUCAACGUGGACCUGCCGAAGGUGGACCUGUACAUCGAUGGCAUUCGGUUCGAGAGCAACGUGGAGGACCGGCACAGCAAUCCGGAGGUGAUCGAUGACUGGCCGCUGCAUGCGGCGCACGGCAUUAACACGACGCUAGCGAUCGGCGCCUGCUACCAGGGGUCGGAGAACCGGUUGAAGCACGGGUUCAGUGGGGAUAUUGCGGAGAUUAAGCUGUCCACGCGCAAGGUGCUGACGGCGAGCCAGAUCCGGUGCGGUACGGACUGUGCGGAGAAGUUGCUGCCACCGGCCGACCACUACCUGGAGCCGGAGCAGCAGAUCCAGUCGAACACGCAGAUGAACAAGAUCAUCAUCGAGGGCAGCAACAAGACGAACAUCGAGCAGCUGCUGCAGCAGAUCCAGUACAUCAACUCGAAGGAAAGCCCCACGAUCGGGCGCCGCAACAUCCAGGUGAUGACGACGGUCAGCUGCCCGAACAAGAAGGCGAUCCGGCUGCCGACGAUCGACACGUACAUUAUGGUCAGCUCGGCGGGCAGCAGCUUGUCCGGGGGCAGCAUGCUUGCGUCGGCCACCUCCUCGUCCUCCUCGUCCGGGUUGUACAACAAGAUACUGGUGGAUAAGCCGCUCGCCACCGACCAGAAGCCGCAGAUCGUGAUCAGCGGCAACUCGAACCAUCUCGUCUCGUACCCGGACAUUAAGGAGGGCGUCAAGAUACUGGCCCAGAUCAACAUCAGCGUCUACACUGGGAAGGAUAUUCGGCCCGAGCUGCAGAAGCUCGAUUCGUGCAAUGUGAACGUGUUCCCGAGCCUGAACCCGGACCACGAGGAGAUUACGAUCGACGAUAAGGACGGUGCGGACGAGUCGCUGUUCAAGUUCGACAUCAAAACGCAGAUCAGCAAGGAGGGCGUCGAGAUGAUCGGGUACGACACGAUCGAGAACUACCAGCACGUGCUGAAGUCGCUCGUGUACAUCAACAAGAAGCCGGCGUACUACCUGAACCGGGUGUUCAAGCUGACCUGCUCCCAGGUGGACGACCACUUCCGCAGCGCGGAGUACACGCUCACCCUGACCGUGCUGCAUCCGAAGCAGCAGCCGACCUCGUCGAUUGCUUCCGCCUCCGCACCAUCCUCCAAUGUGUUGCUGGCCAUCUCGACCGCCCCAUCGGAGCAGCAUCCAGCCGUUGCGGUCGAUUCGCAUGACAAUGCCAACCAGUACGCGCACGUGAUGCUCCACUCGCACGACGUCCAGGAGUCGCAGUCGAAGGUGCGCAGCAGUGGCGGCGCCGCCCUGCUCGGCCACGAGAAGCUCGCCUCGUCCCACUCGACCAUGUUGAUCGUGGUCAUCUGCGGCUCGUUCGUGCUGCUCAUCUGCGGCGUCGGCAUCGCCCGUCUGCGCAACAGCAACGCGGCACUGGCGGGCGGCAGUAGCGGCCAUGGUGCAGCGGGCGGCGCGGCCGGCGGCAGUGCGUUCGCGCGCAACCUCACCGACAAGCAUCUGCCGUGCCCGAAGGUUGCGCCGGACCAGCAGCUCGACUGGGACGAUUCGGCGCUCACCAUCACCAUCAACCCGAUGCAGCACGACGCCCUGUCGGACGAGAGCUCCGAGUCGGACAACUCCGACUCCGAGGACGAGGAGGUGCUGAACGGGCGCUACAAAAACGUCAGCCAGCUCGAGUGGGACAACUCCACAAUGUAAGUGCAGUGCGCCGGCGGCGAGCAAUCGGAAAUCCCUUUCCCCGUGGGAUGAUUGAAGCAUCUACCGAAUGUGCCCUGCUUUUUUGCGUGUGUGUGUGUGUGUGGGUUUGCACAAGGAUGGACAGCUUUCCCAGCAAAUCCCCAUUGUUAUUACUAUUCAAAUGGGUUUGCCUUUUCCGUUCCGGGACGGACCCCAUGGAUGGGGAGGGGUUUUGCACAACGUAAUCAACGCAACCACUCCACUUUUCGUCUGGUUUGCUGUCUGUCUUCAUUGCGGGACAACGUGACACACUCGCUUUCAGGCAAUCGUUUGCUUACGGAAGCGUUGCGGAACCGUCCUUUCCUAUGUGUGGAUGUGUCCGGGGUGUUUUUUUUUUGUUCUGUUCGUCCAUUCCAUUCGUAACGGUAACAUUUCAAAAGCAAUUCCACAGAACCCUUCCGCCUCAGAGCACUCUCGCCGCAAUUGAAUCCCUUUUGCGACUUUAAACCAUUCCGUGGGGCCAAAUGGAAGUGACGCUUCCUCUUUUCAGUGAAUCAGCCAGGAUUCACAGUCGUUUGGACAUCGCUUUUUUCUCGAAGUAAUAAUGAACUCCCAAUCACGUUCAAGUGCGUCCGCGUGAGCGUACACGUACACCCACGGGUGUUGAGGUUUUGGGAAAUAAUGGAUAAUGGAUGGAAGUUUCGGACGUAAACGACCGCACUACAGAGUGGUAGUAGUAGUAGUAGUACCAACAGGAAAUGUCCGGGAAAUGUGUGUGUCCUUUCGUUCGCUGAAUUGCAUGUGAUGGAUGAAAUGGAAUACCGCAUUUGCCCGCGGCAAACAGAAAACUGGUUGGUUUUGCAAAUUUUUCCAAUGAAUUCCACACCGGGUAAUAUUUCACCGCGGCCUGUGGAGUGUUUCUUGUUAUAUUGCCCUGGGUUGCGCUCUGACAAUGGUAUAGUGUGGCAGAUAUUUCCUAAUAAUUGUACUGUGCUUUCGCACAGGAAACGAUGCUAUUGUAGCAAACUGGACUGUGUAACGCAGUGUGUUACAUACGUUCAAUGAGAUAAUCAUAAUUUUAAUGCUUAAUUCCAGCAAUAGGAGCAGUCUGAAGGGCUUUUGAUUGUGCAAAAUAUCCAGUUUAUUUCCCAUUGAAAAUCCACAUUAUAUUAAACUAAUGCCACAAUUUAGUGGAACAGUAUGAAACCGGUUAGUAAGCUUCUAACACAAACUUUAUCCAAACGUUGGUGAGGUAAGCCUUCAACCAACAAAAAAAAACCAUCCAAAAAAAAACAACCUCAACCUCGUCGUACAUUAUUCUUGUUCCAGCUGAUGCUGUGCGGCUUCCGAACGAACGAGAAACGGUGCGCCGUGUGAUUAAUGAACGUAUUAAUAAUUCAUGAAAUUGGAACUGCUGGAGCCGGCGGUAUCAGUUUGACAACAGUUGAAUAAUUUCUGACAGUUGGUGGCUUUCUUUCGUCCCCUCCUCACGGUGGCACCUUCUUUGUGCCCACCACCCAACGGUGGGGAGAGGAAAGAAAUGCAAAAGCUCUUUGGCAGCAAACUUGUUACUGGGCUGACAGCAGAAACUUGUAUCCUUGCUCUAUCCGUCAAAGUUUUCCCCCAGUGUGUGUGUGUGCCCACUGCUACCCGAGCCCUAGGAAGCUUACGGGUUAAGAUGGAAACCCCAUUUCUCCAUCCUUUAAUUCAAUCCCAUCUUCAUGUCUACUGUUAAAACCGGGUGGAAGGAUGGAAUGAUUAACUCAUGCCCCCCUGCCCGACCGUAUUCUUCGACCUUUUGGAGAGCCGUGUAUUGGCCGAUAUGGUUUUGACGUGGUGUUGCAAAUUUGGCAUCAGAUUGAUCCAGCGGGAAGACGGGGGAACACAACUGUUGGCAUAACACAGCGUUCGCGGGAAAGGGAAGCAACAUACUGGGACCGGGCGAUGUAAAUGUUUCUUCCCGAGAAUGUGUAGUAACACAAUUAUGCUACAAGGGUGGUUGGUAAUUCUGUGUACUUCGUGUGCAGUUCGUACGAAAAUGGCCCCAACAGAGAACGCGUAACAUGGAUUGAGAGAUAAUUUGCCGAAUCGAUUGAUUGUUCAUGUUCGGAAGCAAAAGCAGCAAAUUGUUGUUUUGUUUUAUUCACGCGAAAUGCCUUGACUUUUGAUGGGUUUCGGGCGUUUUACUCAAACUCCAUUUGAGCUGCAUUUAAUUAAAUAAAUGUUUAAUUUAAUCUCACAGCAAAGCACUUUUUGCGUGUGAAGGAAGGGGGCCCCGUUUGAAAGCAAGCCAGAGGGUGAUGGUUGGAUCAGUGGUUGGUUGGAUUAGGAUGGAUUUAACCCAACACUUUACAGUAAUUUUAGUACAAUAAAGGCACACAGAAGCACCAGCUACAGUUCAUCUUCUAUUAAUGGUUUUUUUUAAAUGGAUUUAUUUUCAAUCCUAUCGAAAAACGCUUCAAAGCUCCAGCUACAGCAUACACACGCGGGUCAACCCCUAAUACCUGUGGGAAAUAAAUCAGGCACGGGACAGUGGGAGAAGCAACGUAUCGGAAAAUCUGAAAUCUAUUACGCUAAUUACCCGCUCGAUCGUUUCUAGUAAAAUGGGGUUUGGCUAACAUUGGGACAGCAUAUGCUAACAAAGCACCAACAUACACACGUUCUCACAUGGUUUGCCAAAGCUCUAGGGCGCGUGCUAGAGAUCUAUCGACCUCGCAAACAAAGCUAAUGAUGGUCAAUAAUAACCUGAUUACACAUUAAAUCACAAUUGUUUGCUCAAACCAUGCCGGGUUGGGUGGGUGGUUUGAAUGCCCAAAACGGUGCCGUGAUGCUAUCGGGAAACCGAAUUUGCACAAUUACUGUUAAUCCCAAUCGCUAAUGGUCCCUUUCUUCUGUCUCGUUUCAGCUAAAUGGAAUAUAUCAAAUAUUUUAAAGUAUGACAGAUUUAUUACAAACAUCCACAACAAAAGCAGCUGACGUAAAAUUGCAAACAGAAAAAACAAACACACACAGACACAAUUCCCCUUUUCCGUCUCUCCUCCUGCUGCAUCAUUAUCAACCCGCGAGGCAGUGUAGUCAGCAGCAGCAGCAACAGAACAGUGGAGUGGCCAUUCAUUUGCAAGCAAAAAGGAUUUACCCCGCUCCCGGCUCUCCAAGUACCACCAUACAGGCUAAAAAACUACACCUCUAAAAAUAUAUAUACAACUGAACAUAUAGAUAUAUAUACAUACAUGAAUUAUAUCAGCAGCUCUAUACUCUCAUGCAUACCGAAAAAGAACAUUAUCCCCCCCCAUUUUCCCUCCGCUUUCGACGCAACAAGGUUAAAGCAUAAAACCACAAAUACACACACUCAGCAGCAGCAGCGGCAUUGCGUGGAAUUUAAGUGCGACAAACUGGUGUGGUGAACAAAUUUAAUAACUUCUGACCAUCCCAUCCCGCAUAUCCCCCCAGUGAGCAAAACCAAGCCCACAGCCUGGUCUGAAAGAUAACAGAACAAUCUGACAAACCACCACACAACCAACCAAACACGGGACGACCAUCACACGGGAAUGGUCACUUUCAGGCUGCUUCUUUGCCCUGAUAGGGCUGACGGGGAUGAGGAGAGUGAAAAUCACCAGCCACCAGCACCGGAAAACAAUACGCAAUGUACUUACAAUGCUGCACAACAAUGUGCAUAACGCAAAUGCAUGCAAAUGAGUGGUAAACAAAUGUUCCAAACUCUACUCCCUCCCGCCUCCAUUAAUCCAAAACCGCCGCCACGGCGAUUUCGAUUCCGUGUUUUUUUUUGUCCGCCAUUGCUCGGGAAAGCAAAGCAGAGGGCAGAAGAGUGCGGUGCAGAACAAUUCCACGCACACGAGCGCAGCUGCCGUGCGGCGCCAUUCGUUUAAAAAAAAAAACAAACAACAACAACAAAAAGUCUAGAAAUCAGCUUAAUAAUAUGAAAAAAAACACACAAAUGGAUUCUAUAUUAUUAAAAUAAAAGAAAAGUCUACAAGAGAGAAACAAAAUGUAGCUAUACGGUACAUUGGGGAGAGUAAGGAGAAAAAACGGGAUGCGCGUAGAGAAGAGAGAAAGGAGAAAAUGAAAAGAAGAAGAAAGAAGGAAAGACGUAAUAGCUAAAAGGAUGUAGCCGAAGGAUAAACGUAAAACGUGUGUGUGUGUAAUAGUGUGUGAGAUGUAUAAAAUUGAUUAAACAGAAACAAAACAAUGGAUGUAGGAAGAAGAACGAGAUGGUGAAAAACACAACAACACAAAAAGAAUACACAAAAGAGGUCAUUUAUUCAAGUGCAACACAGUCCGUCUCUGCGUGUAAUGAGUGUGUAUGUGUGUGUAAUUUUGUUUUUAGUGUGCGCGUGUCCCUUAUAUACUGCUGAGCCAGUUCCAUGAUGGCCACGCGAGGAGGAAACCUGCGCGCACACACACAUACGUAUUUCGUACGAUUAGUAGUGGAAAAUAGGGAGAAAUGAAGCGAACAGCACACAUACACACAGCACAGAAACAUUUUAUGAUAAGACGACUACUAAACCUAUCAUUAGUACUAUCGGCGCUAUUACUUCACUACUGGUAUAUCCCCCACGUGCAGCUAUCACAAAACAACAAUUACUACUACCACUGUGGAAGUCACGUGUGUGUGUGUAGAUAAAGAAGCCCCACUAACUACUACUGGCUACUACUGGCUACUACUCACGGUGUAACCGACAUCCAGCUAUGUCGCAGCUUUUCCCGCGCUCCUGCGAAGUAAACCGGCACACCGACUUUGUGGGGAUAUCGUUAUUGCUGAGGUCAUUCCAGCGCACUUACUUCACAAUAUGAGCGCGAAAAAGAAAAAAAAGGCGAGAAGAAACCCUGCAGCAAUGGACCCACACAAAUGAGAGUGUCACUUUUUGUCGACUCUGCAACCCUUUCGUCAGCUGCGAAAAUUGCAGUAAAGAAUCAUCAACCGCUGGAGGACGCAGCCACACCAUGCUGGGAUUCAUUUCUUUACCAAGAACGAACCGAACGCACGACGCACAAUGACGCAAAACGAUGCCCCGGGAAAGCUGCUUUGUUAUUGUAUUGUUUGUUUGUCCUUGCUCGUGUUAGAUUCGUGUGGUGUGUCCCCUCAGAUUAAGAGUGGCGAGAUGUGUGUAGUGCGUAUAACGAGAGUCAUUAAGUUGCGGAAGGCUUUUGUGGAAGAAAA